AAUGCCGAUAAAGUAGAAAUUCUUCUGAUACAAUACAUUGUAGUCUUAAUACGUCGGUUAAUUUGUAAACAUGUUUACCAAACGAUAUUUAUCAGGUGCAAUUAGAGACUAUAACAAAAAUUGAUACUGUUCUAAGUAAUUUUUGGAUGACUUAGUAUUGUUUCACAAAUGUUUGUCGCCGGUUAUAUAAAUAGAUCUAAAUAUUACUAUCGCACUUCGAUAGUGAAGUUUGUUGAGAGAUGUUAAUUCGAUGUUAAUUUAAACGAAAUAAUGUGGUUGUAUUUACUAUUUAUAUCGAUAGUCCUGUUGCCAGUUAUUUGGAAAUCAAGUUCUUUAGGUAAAAAAUGGAUAAAAUUUUCGAUAUAUAUAGCCUUUUCUUUCGCCGUUACACUUUUAAUACCGAUUUGGUUAUUUAGGCCGAAAGACUACAGAAAUGCAUUACUUCCCUCGGCUGGUUUUCGAGGUUUAUGCAAAAUAUUAGGUCUAAAAUACAGUAUAGAAGGUCAAGAACAUAUUGUUAGAAAUAGCGGCAGCGUUGUUUUGAUAAAUCAUCAAAGUAUAUUAGAUCUAAUAGUUCUGUCGUGCCUAUGGCCAAUUUUACCGAAAUGUACGGUUAUUUCAAAAAAAGAGAUACUUUAUUAUGUUCCUAUUGGAUUGUCUUUUUGGUUGUGUGGAACUAUUUUUAUUGACAGAUCUAAAUCGUCGAAUGCUCAAAAUGCCGUUAACAAAACCGGCGAAAUUAUUAGAAAAACAAAGUCUAGAGUAUUAAUAUUUCCCGAAGGGACAAGAAAUGAUGGUCCCAAACUACUGCCGUUUAAAAAAGGCGCUUUCCAUCUGGCAGUAGCUUCCAAAUGUCCCAUACAACCUGUAGCGGUAUCCAGAUUUACAUUUUUGGGACCAAAUAAAUUUGAAGAAGGGGAAAUUAAAAUUAGAAUCUUGCCUGCCAUACCGACAAAUAAUUGUACAGUAGAAGAUAUUCCCAGGCUUAUUGAAGAGACUUACAAGACUAUGUCGGAUAAUGUAGAUCAGCUUUCAACUACACCUAAUUAAUAUUUAAUAUUUUUUAUGAUUGUAAAUAAAUUAUUUUUACAAA